AUGUCUGCUGAUGUUAUAAAGAAAGCUAAAAGUGCAACCACCAACACAGCCAAAGUCAGAAGGGGGAGUUAUUUGGACACAGGGGAACCUGCAUCUUCUGAGAGAGGCUUUGAAGCUACCAUGGUGAGGCUCUUGCUGCUCCUGCUGCUGCCUCACACAAUGUGCAAAGGCAGGACAAUAAAGUGCCUUGCCGUUGAUCCAAUCCCUGUGCCCCAUGAAUGGUACCAGGCAGGUGACCUCCUCAUUGGUGGGAUUGCUUCUCACAUCACUUACUAUUUUAAGGAAUUAUUAUUCAUGGAACAUCCUUCUCAGGACCUGUUUGACACCCCACAUGUAACCACAAAGUUCUAUCAGAACAUCCUGGCCUUGGUGUUUGCCAUAAAAGAGAUCAAUGACAAUCCAAAGAUCUUGCCCAAUGUCACCCUUGGUUUCCACAUCUAUGACAGCUAUUCUGAUGCGAGAAUGACCUAUCGAAGCACUUUGGACCUUCUCUUCAAACGGCAAAGAUUUGUCCCCAACUACAAGUGUGACACUCAGAAAAACCUCAUGGCUGUGAUUGGGGGACUUACUUCUGACACUUCUAUCCAAACGGCAGAUAUCUUAAGUAUCUACAGGGCUCCACAGAUCAACUCAUUUCUUCAAGGUGUUUCAUUUAACAACUCAGCUGGAGAAACGGUAUCAUUUAAUCAUAACAGGGAAAUGAGAGGAGGAUUUGACAUCAUGAAUCUGGUCACAUUCCCAAACACGUCUUUCCAGAGAGUGAAAGUUGGAUCGGUGGGUCUCAGUGAUAGAGGAGAUAAGGAGUUAAUCAUCAACGAGGACAAAAUUCUAUGGCACCAAAGUUUUAACCAGGUGCUUCCCUUUUCUUUGUGCAAUGAAGCCUGCCACUCUGGUCAUCAGAAGAAAAGGAAGGAAGGGGAAAAGUUUUGUUGCUAUGAUUGUGCUCCAUGCCCAGCGGGGAAGAUUUCAAACCAGACUGAUAUGGACGCGUGUUUCAAUUGCCCAGAAGAUCAAUAUCCAAACAAGAAGAGAAAUGGAUGCAUCCCCAAAGUUAUAAAUUUUUUAUCCUAUGAAGAACCUUUAGGGAUCACUUUAGCCUCACUUAGUGUAUUGUGUUCUUUGAUUACUGCUUUGGUGUUGGCUAUUUUUAUCCAGCACAAAGAUACCCCCAUAGUCAUCGCCAACAACCGAGAGCUCACCUACACUCUCCUGGUCUCCCUCCUGCUCUGCUUCCUCUCCUCUUUGCUUUUCCUCGGCCAGCCUGGGAAAGUGACCUGUCUUCUCCAACAACCUGCUUUUGGCAUCAUCUUCUCCGUAGCUGUUUCUUGUGUGUUGGCCAAGACCAUCAUUGUUUCUCUAGCAUUCAUAGCCACAAAGCCAGGAUCUAAGAUGAAGAAAUGGGUGGGAAAGAGACUGGCCCAUUCCAUUGUCCUUUUAGGUUCCCUCAUUCAAAUUGGUAUCUGUACUCUGUGGCUGACAACAUCUCCCCCCUUUCCUGAUCUAGACAUGAAUUCAGUAGCUGAAGAAACCAUUGUGCAAUGUAACGUUGGGUCCGUCACCAUGUUCUAUUGUGUCUUGGGCUACAUGGGCUUCUUGGCCAUUGCUAGUUUCAUUGUGGCCUUCCUGGCCCGCAAGUUACCUGACAGUUUUAAUGAAGCCCAGUUCAUCACCUUCAGUAUGUUAGCAUUUUGCAGUGUUUGGAUCUCUUUUGUUCCAACCUACCUGAGCACAAGAGGGAAACACAUGGUGGCUGUGGAGGUCUUCUCCAUCUUGGCCUCCAGUGCUGGAUUACUGGGUUGUAUCUUUUCCCCAAAAUGCUACAUCAUUGUGCUGAGGAAUGGUGGUGUGCCGCGAGAUUUUUUU